UCUCCUUUUCCUUGGCAGUUUCUCGGGUAGGGCCGCGGGGCUCAGCGGCUGGAGGUCGGACGGGAUUCGGAGGAAACCUACAGAGUCUCGGCCUUGCCUAGCGGUGGCGUCGGUGCUCCAGGCCGAUCUCCGAGCCAGCAGAAAAGCCACAGAGGGCAGCGGAUGCGGCAGCGGACGGCAGAACACAGGGAGAAACACCCCGCGCAAUAUGCGGCAGCUGAUGCGACUUCCAUCCUGGAGGGAAAGGACGUUCCCUAGUCGGCUCGACGCUUCAACACCAUCGAUAGGAGCCUGCCCACGGCCUCGGCGGUGGUUUUCUGAGUGACAGAAGGUUGUAGAACCCCUGAGCAACGCGACACCGGAAGGGCUAGGUAGGUUGGCUGGUGCGGUGGAAGCGAAGCCCAAAAUGGCCGCAGGGCCCGCGCGCCGGCGGGACACCCCCCAGCCGCCGGAAGAGACGCAGGACUGCUGGGCGUCUACGCCACUAGCGCCGCGCCGCCCAACGUCUCUCUCAAAGCCCCGGGGGGCGGGGCUUUCCGCCCACUUCCGUGUGGCCGCCGAUUGGUCGCGCCGGAUUUCCCUGUCGGCUUCCUUACUCGAGGUAGAGCCGCACGGUAGCGCGCGGUUGCAUCAGCCGGCGGGAUGCACGCAUGCGCAGUUGUUUCUGUGUGGUCUCUUAGGCGACCGCCCCAACAGCCCUCUAGGCUAAAGGGCUUGGGUAGGAAAGGGGUUUUCAAGAUAACCCGAGAAUUUCCCGGAGGCGUUUUGAUGGCCUAAUACACACUAACGUGUGUACAGUCAUCGCCUCGUGUGAAAUGGGGAUUAGUUCCAGGACGCCGUAGACACCAGAAUCCGCAGAUUCUGGUCAAGUCCCUUAUGUAAAAUGGUGUAGUGUUUGCAUAUAACCUACAUACACCUUCCCAGAUACUUUAAAUCAUCCCCUAGAUUAAGUAAAUUACCUAAUACAAUGCAAGUGCUAUGGAA